GCAUGAAAUUUUUGAGAGAUUGUUGAUUUCACUUCGGAUACAGCAACCAACACGUCCUCGGUUGCCAUCAAAAAGAACACCUGGCGAGUAGAACAAAGUCGGUUCCGUGGGAGACUACCACCGAGUACCUUGCUUGUUGAUUGCUGGAUCUCCUGUCUAGCAACUGCUACGAUCGAUCCGCAACAAAACAACGACCAUUGAACGACGACUGUCUGGAACCCAUCGACACGAUACGUCACGGAACAGGCGUCGUUCUCCGACACGACACAGCACCAGUAGUUGAAAUUAGAACGAAUCGCGACAAACACAACAACGCGACACGACAYGACACAACACAGCACAGCACAUCACAUCACAGCACCGCCAUGUCGAAACAGGCCGAGCGAUCCCUGACCAUCCUGGUGAUGGACGUCUCGCCGGUGACCUGGGGCAAGCGGGAAUUCAUCCGGAACCGCAGGGACAAGGAGCGCUCCGAGAAAGGCAAGGGCACGAUCGGCCCCGCCAACCUGGACGACCUGCUGUCGGCCGUCCAGGCCUUUUCGUCGGCCUACUCGAGCCUGGAGCGCGACUCGGCCCUGAUCCUGGUGGGGGUGGCCGGGAGCGAGGUCGCCGUCGUCCACCCCCGCAAGGACGACAUGGAGGAGUACUUCAACAACCCGGAGUCCAAGCUGGACAGCCGGAAGAUCCAGAGCGAUCUCCUGGAGGGCGUGGCGGAGCUGGUGGCGAGGGCGGCCGCGAAGCAGUCCUCGGGCCUCGCGGGCAAGGGAGGACCCUCCUCCUCCCUCGCCGCCAUGGCCUCGGGGUUUUCGAUCGCCCUGUGCCUGAUCAACCGGUUCCUGGUGGCCACCAACGCGGGCGUCUCGGCGCUGCGGGACCACGACUCGUGGAGCCGGGGGGACGGGAGCGACCAGGGGAUCAUCACCGCCCUGAGCGGCACCGGCGGUGGGGGCAAGCCGGCGGCCAAGGCCCGGGCCUGGUCGCCAAGGAUCUUUCUGAUCCAGGCCUCGGACGACCGGCCCUCGGACUACAACGCCUUUAUGAACUGCGUCUUUGCGGCCGUCAAGCAGAACGUCGUGGUGGACGGCUGCUUUGUGGUGGAUCCGACCGGGAAAACCAAGACGAGCCCCUACCUGGAACAGACCUGCGACCUCACCGGCGGGCUCCUCUCCAAGCCCAUCGGGAGCUCGCAGUCCAACAAGGCCCUGACGGAGAUCCUGCUGAGCGUCUUCUUGCCGCCGCGGUCGAGCCGGCCCCGGCUCAACCUCCCGGGCAUCGACGACGUGGACUUUCGGCCGCGGUCCUUCGACACGCGGGCGCUGCUAAAAAUUGCCUUUGUGUGCAACCAGUGCCUGAGCAUCUUCGAAACCAAGCCGGUGGGGACCUGUCCGACCUGCGGGGCGGAGAUCCGGCUCCCGGCGGCCCCGGGGGGAAGCGGGAGCGGCCAGGCCGCGAAAAAGGCCCGGCGCGGGUAGCAAAAACGAAACGAAACGGUGCGGAUCGUCCUUCGACAGCUCGAGACGAAAGAACCGCGGUGUGCAAAGGAACAAGAGAUCGAUGAUUCGUCAAUACAAGAGAAUACUGCGUAUCGUUCUAUAUCUCCACAUGUUGUUAAUGAGAGAAAGGGCAUGGAGGGAGAGGCCUUGGUGUCUCGGGAAAAUUAGAUACGUCGUUCAAACCAAUCGACAAAAGAAGAAAUCUUUUCAUGGGGCCAUACGCAGCGAGCAUACACGAAUAAAAUAUGGCAUCCGUAUAGAUGGGUACGGUUCCUAGCUAUACAAUCUAUGCGAAAAGAAAUCACGGCGCUUAUUUUGAAUUUAAGGAACGAGCUUUGAGCAAGAUAUAUAUAGUUCUGACGACUCACACAACCCACCCCUUUCUUCGGACAACUCUAGGCCACUCGAAACCUCGUUGAAUGAGGAGGAAUCGGAGGCAAGAUGGGCUCCUCUUUUCAUGCGUGCUUCCGUCGCCGAGUUUUUGCUAUUGUCGUCGUGUUUCUUAGGAUUCGGUUGUGCGGUUGUAAUCACUCAUCGCCGCCGUACUCGUUGCUGUAGACUAUCAACGGCGAAAGAGACGGCAGCGCCAACAUCAUCGAAACUGAUAGUUUCAAAGCAUGUUUGUGUUUGUGUGUGACAAAGCAGAAAACGACAUCACAACGUAGAUCUGCAUCAAUCUUUUCUAUACACAUAAAAAUGCACACGGACAUGAUAAAUGUGAUUCAGUACAAGCCCGCUGGCCCAUUCAUAUAGGAGCUCCGUACGGAACGAGCGGCCUCUGCCGUUCUCUCGAAAUCUGUUCUUCUAGCACCAAUGAGGAAGCCCCGCGUGUCUUCUCUCUCGGCACCGCCCUGGCAUUCCGUGCGGUCCCGCAUAGCACCAAAGCCGGUCGUUGGUUGGCUCGUCCACCCGCCCGCUCGGCAGUCACCUACCGGUGCGCUGGUGCUAAUGCUGCCUCCCCCCCCUCCUCUCCCUGCGCUCCCUCCUCCUCCCCUCCCUCCGUUUCUCCCUGCGGGUCAGCCAGCGGGCCUCCGUCUCGGGCCGGGCACCUCCGGCGUGCGCAAUGGCCUGCCCGAGCCGGUCGUGGCGAGCCACGACCGCCAGGAGCAGGGAGGCGGCGAUUCCGAACAGAGCUGCCCAGGCGAUCCGGCGGGUACUCCUGCCGGUCGUGAUGGCGGGGGUGGCAACCAUUUGUUCUCCUGUCCCGCGUCUUUCUUUAUUGUUCUUCAGGGUACGAGCACAGAUGGAACUGUUUGUUGUUAUGGCUUUGUCACGCUAUGGUUUGUGAUGGUUUGUGUUCCUCGGAAUGCCUGGCUCGGGGUGUUCCCACGAAUUGUGAAGCGAAGCAUCCUUCCGAAUGCUGUACCGUACGGUACAGCGAUUGAAAAAAUAAUUCCGGGUCUCGUCGCCGCUAGUCCCAGAUUUUGAUAUGCCCGUUGCUUGCGUCAGCGGUUACGGGAGACUUCUCGACCAACAUCAUUGGACAGCGCGAUCAUUGAUAGGGGCGAAAAACGUUCCUCCGAGCCAGAGGACGGUGGUAGUUGUACCGUAUGUACCGUACCACGAACCAGGGGUCAUAAUUCAGACCCCUGCCACGAACACUAUGAACGUACCACAUCAAUCUAGAACAUACUAACCUACGUAUGGUAUUUCACUAAGGUACGGUACAAAGCGAAACGACUUGGAUCGUGAAACUGUGAUUUUCGGCUAGCAGAGUAGAGAAUUUCGAUUUGCUUGCUUUUCCCCCUUGUUUUCCCUCGAGCCAAAGUCAAUUUUUUUCCAUUCCAUCGCAACACCAUGGAAUCUACUUUACCAGUAAAUAGAUAUCCACCAAUCCA